AUGGGAAUCAGACAUGAGUCUUACAGAAUAUCAAAAGCAGUACAAGACUCGAGAGCACUAGGACCUAGUAGGGGAUACGGGAUCCAAUAUUCUUCACCCACAACAACGUGGUGUCGACUAUGCGGGUUAAAUGGUCAUGUGUCCUACUUCUACCCAACCCAGAACUGGAAGGACAAAGUGGUUAGUGUGAUUUGUGCUCACUGUGGAAGAGAAAGACAUCGAGGAAGUGAGUGUCCCAUCAUCCAUCCAGAGAUCACGUUUAUCCCAACCAUGACUCAGACCACGACUCACCCCUCAUCCAGCGGCCCAGCUUCAUUCGAAACCUUAGGGGGUAGGCUAUGUUCCAGAUGUAGGUACCCUAAGACCCACCGCGCCAGGGCUAGUUCCAAGAUCAGGUAA